AUGACAUAUCAGUCAGUGCAAGAUCCACCUCCAGAUGAGGAUGACUCCUGUGGAUUUAUGGAGGCACUUCCAUAUAUUGUUGGCUUUGGAGGAGCAGCAAUGUUAGGAGGUCCUCCAGUUGUUGGAAUACUUGGAUUUACCACAAAUGGUAUAGCAGCAAAAUCUAUUGCAUCAUUAAUGAUGAAAAUCACUGCAUUAUACUAUGGUGGAUCAGUGCCUGCAGGAAGUCUGGUAUCAAUACUUCAAAGUUUUGGGGCAAAAAUUGGGCUUUCUACCUUCGGUUCAUUUGGAGCUAAAAUUGGAUAUGACUUCCAUAAAUAUUUUGUGUGUGGAAAAAGUAAAAAGUCAUCCUCAAAAGAUUAACAUCAGCAAGCACUGGAAAAGGAAUUAGGUGCAUGGCUUAAUUACAAAUAAAGUACACUGUAGAUUUCAUACAGUUUGUGUGAAUGAAAGUAAGAUAAAAAUUGUAAAUGUUCCUGGCUAGUCUUGUUCUGAUCAAUGAUUCUUCCAUUUUGCAGUAUACUAUAUUCACUCAACAAGGAAUUACAAUGAAAUGUUAGCAGCUAUUUUCUUUUGCAUAGGUUCCUUUGUUUAUUAUCUAUUGUGAACUUGUAUUGCUAUUCAACUGUCUUCCAACUUGGUUAGCCCAACAUAGUGAUCACAGCAUAAAUACAGUGCUGGCUGCAAGUUUCAACUCAAGAAUAAAUAAAUUGAUCCUGGUAGCGGACAAAAUUA